AUAAUAAGACGCGCGCAAGGCGGUAUUGGACGAUUCUCUGUAACGCCGUUUUUUUCCAUAAGACACAGAGUGCUUUGCGUUCGAGAGGGAGAGAGAGUUUCUAGAGAGAGAGAGAGAGUUUCUAGAGAGUGUGUGGUUUUGUUAGCUCCGAAGGUGGUUUCGUAACGGUUCCCAGGGUGUAGAAGGUGGUUUUGCUUUACGGUUUCGAUUGCAGUCGUUACAGGGAGAAAAAGAGAGACAGAGAGAGAGAGAGAGCGCUUGUGACUCAGUUUUAAAGCGCCGUGCUGGAAGCGAAAAGUCGGAGCUUUUGUAAUAAUUCGUGCUAACGGCUUGGGAGUGAUCAUAAAUUUAGUGGUGCAAUCGAGGUUUAUUAUUUGUAUAUAGUGAGGGGAUUCAGGGUGUCGGAAAGAUUUUUAGGUGAGCUUUUGUGUAUUUGACUCGGGUUUCAAUGAUGGCGUAUCGGGACGGGUCGUUUUCGCAGUCAAAUGUUUCGGCGGAAGGUUGUGGAAGGGAUGAUCUGUAUGCGGAGUUAUGGAAGGCUUGCGCGGGCCCCCUCGUGGACGUGCCUCGGUCCGGCGAGAGGGUUUUCUAUUUUCCACAGGGGCACAUGGAACAAUUGGAGGCAUCCACAAAUCAGGAGCUGGAUCAGAGGAGUCCACUGUUUCAACUUCCCUCGAAGAUUCUCUGUCGUAUUCUCAACGUUGAUCUGCUGGCGGAGCAAGAAACAGAUGAGGUUUAUGCACAAAUUACUCUAGUUCCAGAUGCAGAUCAAACUGAGCCUACAAGUCCUGAUCACUGCCUUCCUGAACCUCCAAGACCUACGGUUCACUCGUUCUGCAAAGUUUUGACAGCUUCUGAUACGAGUACCCAUGGCGGGUUUUCUGUUCUACGCAAACAUGCCACAGAAUGCCUUCCUCCUCUGGACAUGACCCAGUCGACCCCAACUCAGGAAUUGGUUGCUAAGGAUCUUCAUGGUUAUGCGUGGCAUUUUAAGCAUAUUUUCAGAGGUCAACCACGGAGACACUUGCUUACCACGGGAUGGAGUGUUUUUGUGACAUCUAAGAGAUUAGUUGCUGGGGACUCCUUUGUAUUUCUGAGGGGAGAAAAUGGGGAGUUGCGCGUUGGGGUGAGGCGUCUUGCCCGUCAACAGAGCAGCAUGCCAUCAUCGGUGAUUUCAAGUCAGAGCAUGCACUUAGGAGUGCUUGCAACUGCAUCUCAUGCUGUUGCAACCCAAACUAUGUUUGUAGUAUUUUACAAGCCAAGGACAAGCCAGUUCAUAAUAAGCUUGAAUAAGUAUUUGGAAGCUGUUAACAAUAAGUUUGGAGUUGGCAUGAGAUUUAAGAUGAGUUUUGAGGUAGAGGAUUCCCCAGAGAGAAGGUUUUUGGGCACAAUAAUUGGGAUUGAAGGUUUUUCUUCUCGUUGGGAAGGUUCGAGAUGGCGAUCUCUAAAAGUUCAAUGGGAUGAACCAGCAUCGAUUCCAAGACCAGAUCGGGUUUCACCAUGGGAGAUAGAGCCCUUUGUGCCUUCAGUACCUGCAAGCCUGGCUCAACUUUCUCCGGCAAAGAGCAAAAGGCCUCGAACACCUAUUGAAAUUCCAAAUCUUGAUGAUACUAGUUUGACUGGAUCAACUCUCUGGAAUCCUGCAUUGGUGCAGUCUGAUGAAAUGACACAUUUUAUGGUUGAAGGCAAAAGGGGUGAAAAUCAUGUUAUGUGGCAUCACAAGCAGACAGAUAUUAACAACAGCAACCCAAUUUCAAGGACUCAGACUGAUGGAAGCUGGUUUUCUUCUCAUACAUCUGUCACCGGCCAUCAAUUUCAGGAUGCGGUGGAUGCUCGCAAAAGUGUGUCUGGUUGGCCUUCUCUCUCAGGCUUCUCAACUGCACACUCAUCAAAGCUGAGCAAUGACCCAUUGCCUGACACUGUUGAGAAAGCGAAGAAGAGAGCUGACACUGCUUCUGGGUGCCGAUUGUUUGGUAUUGAGCUGAUUAAUAACUCUACAAGCUCAACUCCUAUGAUGAAGGCAACUGCACAACCAAUUAGCAUGCCAAAUGGAUCCAGUGAAGUACGUAGUACCCCAUCAGCUACUGAUUCAGACCAUAAGUCUGAUCUCUCAAAAUGUUCACAAGAAAAGGAACUGGGACAGCUGCAAGUACUACUGCCAAAAGAGAGCAAGCAAAACUGCUCUACUUCAACCAGAAGUCGCACCAAGGUUCAAAUGCAGGGGGUUGCUGUUGGUCGUGCUGUGGACUUAACCAUGUUGGAAGGAUAUAGUCAGCUUAUAGAUGAACUUGAGGACAUGUUUGACAUCAAGGGACAGCUUCGCCCCUGUGACAAGUGGCAAAUUGUCUAUACUGAUGACGAAGGUGAUAUGAUGCUCAUGGGAGAUGAUCCAUGGCGGGAAUUCUGUAACAUGGUGAGAAGAAUCUUGAUUUGCUCCAGCUUGGACGUGAAGAAGCUGAGCCCAGGAAGUAAAUUGCCCGUGUCGUCUAUAGAAGUAGUGGGGGGAGCUAGAGAGUCCAGGCUUAGAGAAUCUUGUGAAUACCGGUGCAUGGAAAUUGCGGUGUAGAAGUGAGAGAGCUUGCUGAUGAAUAGGACUCAUGGUAAGUCACCGUGAUAUGAGCGUACUGAAUAUAUAUAUAUAUAU